GAGUACCCUGAGGACGUGCCAGGUGUUGUUUACCGCGUCGCGCUUCAGCAGCGAGUUCACGACCGAGUCGUAGAGGCGUAUGGCCGUUCGGUCGCCGAGGCGGUUUGCUUGGCAAAGGCCAAGCUUCUCAGCACCCCCGACGAAUGGGCGACGCUUGUAGAAGCAGCUUCGGCAGCACAAGCAGGAACAGGCGUGGCAGACCUGUUCUUGGUGGACACUUCGAAACGCGAUCCCGC